AUGAUCUCCAUCUUUGCAGCCAUUGUGACCACAGUGUUAAUUCUCAUUCCCUCUGUGCCAUUGUUCAUCUAUGUGGUUGGUCUACUACUUCCCGAGGAACACACCGUCUCUCGUUCGGCGACUUUGCAUACGACAGCUGACAAGAUAUGGUCGCUUCUCACUCAUGUCCAAGAUUACCCCUCAUGGCAACCUGCUUUGGACCGUCUAGAAUGCACUCGAGAGGAAAACGUAGCAGAGCAGCAAGUGGUCUUUGUCGAAUACACCAAACGCAACAAGCGUAUCACUACUGUGGUGGAUGCAGCUGGACACCGAAUCCUAUCCCGCAUGACAGAGGAAGAUAGCACCACCACCAACACCAACACCGCCACAGCCCACAACAGCAACAACAACAACGCCUUGAAACACAAGCCCACAUUUAUUGGUACUUGGACAUUCGAUAUCACUGAAAACAAGGAGGAAGAUGGCCAUAUUACCACCAUUACAAUCACUGAGAAAGGUGUUAUCACAAGACCCAUGGUACGACUAUUGCAUAUGACAUUAUUGGGCUUCCAUCGCCGUAUCGAUCGUUUCUUGAAGGAUUUGGAAAACAAGAUUCAUCACGAUGCUAUCAUGCAGGAACCAGUGGUCGAUGAUAAGGAUGAACCCCAUGUGGAUGAAGAGCAAUUAUCCAAUGCAAUCAAUCAAGAUGUUACCGAGAACAACAAGGAGGAGAUGUUAUCACAAGAAUCAAUCACACCAUCCACCACAAGAAGCAACGACUCGUCACCUACCGUUGACAAGGAAUGGGAUCUAAUGAGUGAAAUCUAUGAGCGACCCAAUGCACACGCCUGA